AUGCGCUACGACCUGACCGCCAAAGAUUCCGAGAUGGACGGCCACAUGACGCAUGGAUGGACUCAGCAGGAGAUUGCAGCCGCCCAAGAGGGAGGAUUCAUGACCCCCGAAAAAAUGCGGAGGUUGAAUUGGGAAGUUCAAGGAGACUUGAGGCAGGACGAAGAGGAUCUGCUCAAGGGGCCCCAGGUUGCUCGACAGGCCAAACUUCGAGGACACCGUGCUGCCACUUCCAUGUCGCUUGAAAGUGGUUGGGAUUUCCAAAAGGCCGAGGACAGAAAAGCUUGCAUUCGAAAGGUCAUGGAGGAGGACCCCUUUUGUUUAGUGCUUGCAUUUCCAUGUGGGCCGUGGUCACCGCUCACACGUCUUCGUGCCAGCUCCACAUUGGACGAGAGGCGACAACAGGGUAGAGUUUUGUUGAACUUUGCACUUUUGUUGGCCCGGAUUCGGAUGAAGAGAGGAGCACAUGUUUUGUUGGAGAAUCCGCGUUGUUCUUUAGCAUGGAGCCUUCCGGAGCUUGCGCAAUUUGUUGAGCAGCCCAACAUUGAGUGUGUUGAUUUUGAUCAGUGUGCAUUCAAGUUGAGAAGCGUUGAUGGUUUGUUGCACAAGAAGCCUACGAGGAUUGCCACAUCAUCAUCAUGCAUUGCUGAUGAACUCCAAGGCAUGGUGUGCUCCCGAGACCAUGCACACCAGCCGGUUAUUGGUGGCUCCAAAAUCACCAGUCGAGCAGGGCAUUAUCCGGUUGCUCUUGCGAAGGCCAUUGUCAGAGGUCUUGAGAAACAGUUUCAUGUUGAUCAUGGCCGCUGCCGAGAGGUGCUUGCAGUUGAUGGGGCGGAGGAGGAACGGUCAGAUGAUGGAGGAGAUUCGGUGAUGGACCCCUUCAAUUCUGAGUCAGAGAUUUCUUCCAUGGAUGAGGAAGGGUCAUCAGAGACAAAGAUCCCUUCAGCCAUUCGCCUAGCUGUCAAGCGUUUGAGAACACUGGACACAGCUUUGGUGUUGUCAGGAGCUCCCAAGGAGGUGGUGUUGGCUGCCAAAUCCUUGAAGUGCAGUAUUUGCGAUGAAAAGAAACGCCCGAAGAGCAGGAGGCCGACUUCUUUGCCCACGCCAAAAGAUGUCUCCGACCAGGUCCACCUGGAUAUCUUUGAAAGCGUUGAUGUUUCAGAACAACGUUUCUACAUUGUGCAUUGUAUUGAUUGGACCAGUCGUUUUCAGAUGGCAGAAGUUCUGGAGACAAAAGACUCUGAUAGCAUUGUCAACUGGUUCCAAGAGAGGUGGAUGAGCAUAUUUGGCCCACCACGGGUCAUUGUCGCUGACCAAGGGCGCGAGUUCGUGUCCUGGGUUUUCCAAGAGAUGUGCGACCGCCAUUCAAUCCUUUUGCACCACAUCCCAGUGCAGGCACCAUGGUGCAAUGGUGUAUGUGAGAGAGGAGGUGGGAUACUGAAAGGUUUGCUGGAGUGUUGCGUCAAGAGUCGUUCAGUUGCAGGGCUUGCAGACAUGAAAGUUGCGUUGCAAGAGUGCGUGUUAGCAUACAAUGCAGAUAUCAAUGAACUUGGUGUCAGUCCAGCACAAGCAGCGAUUGGUCGACAGCCACGGAUGAUUGGCGAUGUUCUUGGAAACUUUGGUCAGAGGUUGGCAGAGCAUGGUUUGAUAGAUGGCCGCCCUUCAUUGGCCAGACAAGUCGCCCUUCGUGAGACAGCCCGCAUUGCAAUGACGCGACUCCACUUUUCCAAAUGGAUUCGCAAGGCAGAAUUGGCAAGGUCUAGAAGCUCCACGAUGACACAACAGCUGGAGCCGGGUGACAUUGUGUAUUUUUGGAGGGAGCCCAAAUACAAUUCUCGCACUUCGCCUUCCAAGAAGCGGUUGUCAUUGAGGAGAUGGCGUGGGCCAGCUUUGUUGGUGGCGUUGGAAGGGCAUAAUGCAGGAUAUGUGUCCUUCAAGGGACAGCUGUCGAAACAGAUUUCAGCUGAUGUUAUUCAAGCCCUCGAUGGCAGUCGGUUGGAUUUUGGAAGUGAGUUGCCAGCAUCCAAUUUGAGUCGAAGAGCAUCAGCUAUGUCCUCAGCUGCUCGUGCACAUUCAAGGCAAUCGAGUGGUGCAGCACCUGGCACACCCGUGCCUGCCUUGAUCACCGGUGCCAGUCAGGUUCCGGGUACCCCACCUUUGAGCAGCCGAAUGGAGGAGUCAGUUGAAGCGGCCCGAGAGCUUGAGGCCAUGGGCAGGAAACGUGCAGCAGAGCUGGAAGCUGAAACACUUCGUGAAGGUUCUGGUUUUGAGGCUCAUGUUGCCACCACAGUGCUCAAGAGCAUAUUGAAGACCAAGAAUGACUUAGUGUCACAGUAUGCCAAAGCUCACAAGAAUGACAGUCCCGUGGAGCCACAGUCACCACACUAUGUGGACACCCUGGAAGCUGACAUUCGUGAUGGGUUGAUGCACCCGUUGAAAGCCAUACAGCAGCAAGUCGACCGUGACAAGCAAAGCCCAGAGCUGGUUGAAGUACAGGAUCAUGGGAGCUGGUCAGGUCAGUGGCCUUUGCCGUCCAGGAGCUCUUGGAUGGCACAUGAAACGUGCUGCGCGCUGUGGCCUUCUGGUGGACACGAAGUCAAUGCAGCGAAAACCGCCAGACGUGAGGUCAAGUGGAGGAACAUUCCCCUUCACGAGCGUGAUGCCUACCGCCAAGCUGCGGAAACAGGAUGGAAAGUGCAGACCGACAAUGGAGCGUUCGAGAUUUUGACAGAUGCUGAAGCUCACAAGGUCAGAGCCCGGUUGAAGGCAGCAGGACAGUUGAACAAAAUCUUGACUCCCAGGUACAUCUACACCGAUAAGAAUGACGGGUUGAGGUCGGACAGCAAUCCACUACCGUUGCUUGCAAAUGCCCGGGUUGUCAUCCCGGGAUAUCAGGACGAGACUGCAUAUGCUGUGCGCAAAGAUGCGCCAACAAGUUCAAGAUGUUCACAACAUAUCUUGUUCAUUACAGCUGCAGCCAAAGGAUGGACAUUAUGGUCAGCAGACGUAAAAUCGGCAUUCCUCAAAGGAGAGUUGUUCCAAGAGGGCGAACGUGAGUUAUACAUUGGAAACAUCAGGGCUACGUCGCCAGAUGAGCCGUUGUUGCCCUUCAGCCCUCACGGACUAGCCAAAGUCCGGAAAGGAGUGUUCGGAUUAGCUGACUCGCCCAGACGUUGGUAUUUGCGUUUGAACAAGUCAUUGACAAAACUUGGUUGGUUGCGAAGCAGCAUGGAUGCAGCGCAAUGGUUCCUCAAGAGUCCCGAUGGAACAUUGGAUGGGAUCGUCGUGAGCCACGUCGAUGACCUGCUCAGGGCCGGAACGGCCAAAGCCCAUGCGACACUCAAGGCAUUGGGUGAAGAGUUGGGUUUCGGUUCAUUGGAAACUGGCAGCUUCACAUAUUGUGGAAAGUUGGUGCAACAGUUGCCUGAGAAAAGCAUUGAAGUUAGCGUGCGUGCAUAUCACGAAAACAUGCAGCCAGUUUCCGUGCCCAUUCACCGCAAGAAGCAGUUGGAUGCACAGCUCACACCUUCAGAGCAUCGCCAGUUCGACAACGAGCUUCAAGCGGAAUGGAGAAUCCUGGAAGACAAGGUCAGGGACGGGAAGCUAGAAAAGAUAGGCGGUGAGAAGUGCGAUAGUGCUGUGCGGCUGAGUCAGUGCAUUCGAGCCUUUGCAGUCCUAGGCAAGUCGCAGUUGUCUCCCGCCCAAUUGGCCGCUGCACAGCUGGUGCAGGGAGACUGGAGUGGCAGCCAGGGACGUGCGCAGCUGGCGAAGGUGUUGGAGCUGGCGAGCCAGAACUCCGAGUGGGCCUUGGGCCAGGAAGAGGAGGUGCAGGAGAAGAGUGUCGCGCCAGACGAGUGCAUCGUCUUCCGACAGCUUCGAGAAAGAAAAGGUGGUGCUGGACCCACAGGCGGCAUGGAUGACGAUGAGGACUUCCAUGCUGCGCGGGGCGCUACCAUCGCGCAGGCUGCGGCGGAUGGCGCUCUCUUUGCGGAGCGCCUGGCCAAGGUGCAGCAGAUGACAGGCCUGGCAGACCCUGUCUAUGUGGAAGCGUUCCUCCAGGUCCACUCCUUCGACCUGAUGUUGGAGCUUUUAGUGGUGAACCGAACCAAUGAGACGCUGCAGAAUGUCCUGGUCGAGCUCAGCACGCAGGGGGACCUGAAGCUCGUGGAUCGACCGUCAGCAGUGACGCUUUCAGCAGGCCAGCAAAUGACGCUGCAUGCUUCAAUCAAGGUUGCGUCCACUGAAACGGGCAUCAUCUUUGGAUACGUCACCUUCGAAAAGAAGAGUGCUGCAGAUAAGGAGUGCUCAGUCCUGAACGAACUGCACGUGGAUAUCCUAGAUUAUAUCGAGCGUUCGUGGAUCAACGAGCUGGCCUUCCGUACGAUGUGGUCCGAAUUUGAGUGGGAGAACAAGGUCAACAUCAACACCUCCAUCACUGAGGUGGGCACCUUUCUGGAGCACAUCAUGCGAAAUACCAAUAUGUCGAUUGUGGGAAGUGAAAAGAACCAGAAAAAGGGCAAACUCACUGCAGAAGAUGUGCAAGAUAUGCUUCGAGAUGCUGAUGCGCUCGCGAACAUCUCCAUCGAGAAGCUUCCCGAUGGGAAGCUCACAGGCGGAACGGCGAGUCGUUGGAACGAUGGGGUUCUGAUUCCAAAAUCCAGGAGUCGAAGUUUCUUUUGGGCCGUGGUUCAUUGGGGAAGAAAGGAAGACAGUAUAAAGAAGAAAAGCCAAGCAAAACAAAACACAUAA